AAGCACAGACGGCAUGGAAGGGACGCAGGCCAAGCCUAUUAUAGGCAUCAUCGGAACAGGCCAGUUUGGCAAAGCAUUUGCCACGCGUCUCGGCUUCACCACUUAUCAGUUUCUUAUCGGUAGCCGCAACCCAUCAGGUAAACACGCCGUAACCGAGGAAACUGGAGAUGGCAACUCCGUUACCAUGGUUCCUUCUUCGAAUGAAGACGUCGCGAGGUCGUGUACUAUUGUGAUAGCAGCACUUCGACCCGAGCACUAUGAGGAGACCCUCAAACCUUUAGAGUCGCUUCUGGAAGGGAAAAUCGUCGUUGAUGUCAGCAACGCGUCGUCCUCUAGGUCGCUGUCGCGGGAAUCUCACGCGGAAGCACUGCAAGCCCUUCUCCCAGCGUCGCUCGUCGUUAAGGCGUUUAAUGUGGUGUCAGUGUACGCCUUGGAGACGGAGCUGUACGGAGGCGGGCGUGCGGUGUAUGUUUGCGGGAACAACUAUGAGGCGAAAUCCCAGGUCCACCAGCUGGUCCGAGACAUGGAGUUUGUCCCCAUUGAUUUUGGGGGGUUGCUGGCCGCUCGGAAGGUGGAACUGAUGACACUGGAGCUGUUCCCAGGAUGGGGUUUUCCCCUUCUUUUCUCCUUCUUUGUGUUGGUUGUAUCCACACUGAGCCUGUUGCUAAAAUUCUACUGGGUGCCCUUGACACCGAAGUACAACUACAACCAGUUCGCCUCCAUGAUGCUUAUGUUGGCCUUCGGGUUUGCCGCCCUUCAGCUGCUGGCGUGUGUGUAUCUCCCUGCCCCUCUCGCCGCCAUCUUGCAACUCGUGAACGGAACGAAGCACAAGGAGUUCCCUCGUUGGUUUGACGUGUGGAUGAAGGGCGNUGCCCUGCCCCAAUACGACCUGGCCUACCUGAGCGACUAUUACUAUGAAGUGGAGAUGGUGGACGUUGUACGACGCGUCAAUGCCUCAGACCUCGUCACGGCAUCCAUUCCCAUCGCUGGGAAGAUGAAUUGGAAAGGUGAGACGAUGCUCCUAGCCGGCACAAUUGCGCUGAUACUUAUGGCCAUUGUCGGGUUUGCCACCCUCCCCUCCGUGCAACAGACCCUCAGCUGGCGGGAAUGGACGUGCAUACAGUCCUACGUUGGUGCCGUCUGCUUUUUAACGAGUAUUGCGCAUGUUGUUUGCAUGGGGGGUGAGUACUGGCAGGAAACAGCCUUUUACGAGACCAAUUCCUGGAAUGUCCUGCUGUUCCCUUUUGUGGUUGUCCUCCUCAGGAUUUUGUGUCUGCUGCCGUGCAUCAGUAUCCCAGUGACCAAAAUACGCCGAGGGUGGGAGAGAAAGACGACAAACAGCCAAGCAAAUAUUGUCUAG